UGAGAAACAAGAUGGCGUCCGCCGUGGCAGACCGCGGCGGCCGCUUUCUUUGGACCGAUCAGGCUACGCUAAAAGUUUUAAAUCUCAUCAGAGAACUCGACGUCGUUCACGUGCUAAAGUCAAAGCGACAGCGCAAUCAACAAACGUUUAUGACAAUUGAGGAACUCUUGUCGCCGCUUGGCUACGACUGGUCGUGGCAACAGAUCCGAUGCCACUGGAAAAACUUGAAGUCGCGCUAUAAUCAUGAACGACGGAACUUGCGGCCAGGCCAAAAAUCUUCGUGGAAAUACUACAAUGUCAUGGAUUCUCUGCUCAAGCAGCAAACGAGAGCCGAAGACUUGGCUAGCGGUCGCGGUGAUGACUCGGAGAAUUCGUCCGGAGCUGAAAAUUCGGCGGAUGCUGGAAGUUAUGCACCUAGCAGUCAAGUUAUCCAGGGGCCAAGUCAGCAUGGCAGUGAUGAGUACAUUGUGCCAACGGUGCAGGAGCCCGAUACUGGCAGCGCAGGUACAGCCAUCAUGCAGCACCUUGGAGCUUCAGCGUCUGUGGAACCAAAAACUGUGGGAGCAGACACAGUGCUGGUCAAGAAGGAAGUGGAAACAGACGAAGAAGCACAGUGUGAAGAGCUGCACGGGGCGGCAGUAAAUGGUUCUUGUGAGUGUGUAGAUCUGCAACCUACGGCUUCCACAGUCCAUGUGAUACCCUCUGUUGAUCGGUCAUUUGGUCCUGCACCUGACCGUACUACUGAGCUGCAGCAGAUAGAGCAAAUACUUUCGGAGCCAGACAUUGCCCCCGCCAUGAAUUCACAAGACAGUGCUUGCGCUGAAUCUCAGAGCAGUAGCAUUGGGCGAAGCACAGAUGUCCGUACUAGGACUUCGAGGAGGUACUUCUUCACGACAGGUACACCAGGUCUGGCAGAAAAGAAAACGAGGUUGGAGCUUGACAUUUUGGCAGCAACGAAGAGGAAGCUCUUGGCUGAGCAGAUGAAAGCGGAAGCAGAGCAGCGUAAAGCUGUUGCCGAAACACUGCUUCUCACAGAGGCACUCAAAAAGUGUGAUGAGGAAAAGAAGAAAGCCAUGGCUGAGACAAUGUUUCUGGUGCAGGAGAGAAUACGAUCGGAAGAAGAGACUCGUCGAGCGGCGGCUAUGGCCGCCUUUCACAUUGAGGAGAAACGUAAAGCAGCAGCCGAGGCUGAAAUGCUCAACGAACACAAGAAGUACUUUAUGGAGCAAAGGAAAACUGAGGUAAUAAAGCGCCGUAUGCUCCUUCUUGAGUUGCAGAAAAUGCGACGUGACCUGAAGUUAGUGCCUUGAGACAGUUGACCUGGCAGGUGAACUCGCAAUUUUUUGGGCGGGAUAUGGCUGAACAAGGCCAGUUUUUCACUUGCAGCUUGUGUUAUCGGCUGUUGCUUCCUGGUGAUUAAUUGUGGAACAAAGACAAACUUGUGGUGAAGUGCAUUUGUAUGAAUCAGUACCAUAGGAGAAUAGGAGAAACAAUGUUCGUGUCAAAUGAUGGAAGAUGUGACCACUCCCUUGCUGUUAGUCUGCAUAGGUGAAUGUGGUUGCACAUACGCUUGUUUGGCAGUAUAACAGUGGACUAGUUGCCGUUGCCUGUGUUUGCCAAGUGUUUUUAACAUUUUAGGAUGCCCAUAUGUUGCAUCUGUUGCCCAAGCAUGUUAUUCUCUUUCAUUUUUGUCAUGUCAACUGUAAAUGUUCGUUCAUUGAUUAAUCUUCAAAGUAUGCAUUUCUAUACUCAAGACUUCCUGCAUUGAUUUUUGUUUAUGUGCACAGUGUUAUUCUGCAAAUUUUCUUUUGUGCACCCGGUCUUCCUCUGCAGUAGCGAAGCAAAUGUACCUAUACAUUGUUGAUAUUUCAUUGUUUGCCAUCAAAUAAAAUGACCUGGCCAUUUUAUAUUUUUACAAGUACAA